CUUUUCCAUUCAUUGUUUAUUCAUUUUCCCUUUAUUUUUAUGAACUGUUGUUUUUACAAAGGGUUUUUUCUAUUGAUAACUUUGCUCAGUAAUUCACAGGUGCAACAGGUGCUAAGAUCUUUCUAAAUACUUAAAAUCAAAAAGGUUUUUUAUGAUUGUCUCAAGCAAGCUCAAAAGUUGUACCAAAAUCUAUUGUUUUAAUAUGCUCCAAUGGUGUUCUUUGCUCUAUAAUAGGUGAACUGUACAUAGUGGUCGUUAUAAACUAUAUUAUAUUGAGUAAGGUGUGGCGUUACAAUUGUGUUUUCUGAACACAGUACAAAAAUGGAGAUAGUACAAAAACCAGAAGUCAGAUCUAAGAAUGGGAGCCACAUGAGGCGUGAUGAAAUGAAUAACGAUGUAUCUUCGUCCAGUGAUGAACAGCAGCACGGCGAGCCAAUAAUGAAAUUCAACAACUUCUACAAGACCAGAUAUGCUGAAACAACUGUAUCGGAUAACGAAGGUAACGAGCCACGGAGACCUGUACAAUCACGAAGCCACUACAAAAGCAUGGGCAAUAUCAACGAGGCAUACAGAAACACAAACAAAAAUCUUACUAAAGUACAAAAUAGUAUAAGCAAUAUAGAUCUAAGCUUGCACAGUGCAGAAAUUAAAAAGUUUGAGUCUUUACAAAUACCAAUAAUCGGUUAUGAAGUUAUGGAAGAAAGAGCUAAGUUUACUAUUUACAAGCUCAAAGUAGAAGACGAUAAACGGGACCAAUCCUGGCUUGUUUUCCGAAGGUAUACCGACUUUGUUAGGUUAUAUUCAAGACUAAAAGCUGAAUUGCCAACUAUGAUGUUGCCACUGCCAGGCAAAAGAUGGUUUAGAGACAAUUUUGAACCUGCAUUCUUAGAAGAAAGGGUUCGCGGAUUGCAAAUAUUUGUUAAUGCUUUACUGAGCAAGUUGCCGAACCACCCGGUUAUAAGGGAGUUCUUUUGCUUGGACGAGCCUCCUCAAGUGUUCACGUAUCAGCCGGAAGUGCAAGCGGUGUACGGAGCUCUAGAAGACUCAAUUACUACAUUAAAAAUGAAAAUCAAGCAGAAAGAUGUUACUAUAAUGAAUUUACAGAAACGCAUUGCACAGUUAGAGUUGCAGGCUAAAAACUGUCCGAACUGCAGUCAGAGUACAACAAAUUAUUAAUAUUAUAAUAUUGAUAUUAAUAUAAUUAUUGAGUUUAGACUAGGGUUGCCGAAAAAUCAAUAAAUCACUAUAGAUAGUUGACUUUGAAGAGCAUCUAAACUGUGGUGCUGCCGAUAGUAUCGAUACUAUCGAUAACAAAAAAAAUAUCGGCCUGUGGAUCAGCAACACUAUACCCUAUUCAUCUUGGACUGAGACAAAAGGUAAAUAAACCUUGAACAAAAAAAAUCAUUAUUUCUAGUUAUUCCUUUGUUAAUUUUGUUCUUACUUUCUGUUAAUGUAAAAUUUUUUGUUGUUGUUGUUUUAUGAAGUCAUGUCAGCUUACUUAAAUGUUUGGCUUGUUAAUUUCUCGUUUCUUUUUUGUUUACUUUUUGUCUCAGUCCAAGAUGAAUAAGGUAUAGGUAGUUUUACCAAACAUUAUUGUUAAGUUAUCCUAUUUGCAAAUCAAAUGGUGAUGACUUAGCUCUGAUACAUAUCUUCAUUCAACGGAGUAGCUACAGAAGCCCACGAGCUCAGGAGGUCCCCGACACUAACCACCAAGCUUUUUUUCUCCGGAGGUCACAGGUCUUGUUGAGGUGGUGGUGGCGCUAGUGUGCGCAUACUCACAAACUGACGCCAUCACCGCAUUUUAUCAAUUUCUUUUAUUUAUUAGUGAGAACUAAAAAAUAUCAAUACCAAUCAUGCUACACUAGAUAAAGAAUUUUAUUAGGACGAAUUAUAAUUUCUAUUAUACUAUAUAGUGUACUUUACAACACAUGUUGGUUUUAUAAAUCGUGGUGUCCAUUAGAAAACUAUAACUUUGUAGCAUAAUUUGUAGAUUACAAGGACACAGAACAUUGUAAAAAAUAAUUUUGCUCUAGAUAGAAAAUAUAUAUUUAAGACCAUUGGGAUAAUUCAUUGACUGUAACAAUGUCGCUGGAUCAUUAAACUGACAUUUAAAAUUUGGUGUAUGUAUCAUUCAGUAUGGAGCAUUUGGACGUGUCCAAAAAUGUGCGAUUUAUUUUUGUCAUAUCUUUGAAAGUAUUGUCAUUAUCACAGUAUUUUUUUUAAACUUAUGAGGGCUUUCGAAUAGUCAUCAAAAUAAAAAUGUUACAUCUACCCUGUUGUAUAGAUUUUUUUGCUAAUAAAUAAAAGAAUUGACAUUAUAUGUUAUGGGGGCGCUAGUGUGCACGUAAGCUAUAAAAAAAUUCUAUGGGAUCUAAGCCAUAGGGCAUUGGUAAUGGUCACUGAGCCACACCCUUAAUUAUUUAGCUAUAUACUAUUAAUAGUCUGCUCCCAUCCCAUGUACAAACUAUGUGAUAUAUGAUAUUAUAUUUAAAAGGAAUUGAUUUAAUCAUUUUUUAUUAUUAUUUUGGAAUGUGAUUUCGAAAUGCUGGUAAAAAGCUUUCGUUUUCGAAUGAAUUGAAUAUUUUAAGGAAUUAAUUAUAACUAUAAAGCCCCAGGUGGACUCGCGUCACGUAUUCAAAAUUAUUUUCACAAAAACUAACUUUACUACGGGAAAAUAUAUGUAUAUCCAGUCGGUCUUCGCAGCGCGAGUCUAUCUGCGGUUUAACACAUUAAAUAUAUGUAAUGUGAUGCAACAUUUUUUA